GCCAUGUACCAACCCUCGCAACAUUUUGCCGCGCUUUUGCGUGGGCGAUGCGCCAACUUCCCACGCUAUAAAUAGGCAGCCAGUUGAACCGAGUGAUCUCAUCUUCAUCUCGCAGCAGAGUUGGAGACUUUGAGCUCUCAACUGAACCCCAAUCUGCGAGGUGGGAGAAGGAGGAGGAGAUGGACGGGGAGCAAGAGGCGCGGUGGCUGGCGGCGCAGGGGGUCGCCGUAGGUGCCGACAUGGUCGCGGCGGCGCUCCGGCAGCUGGAGUUCCUCGCGGCGGUGGACCGCCGCCGGUGGCUCUACGAGGGGCCGCUGCUCGAGAGGGCCAUCCACAGGUACAAAUCAUGCUGGCUUCCUCUCCUUUCCAAGCACACUCAGGCUGCUGUUGUAGAUGGGCCUUUAGUUGUUCCUCUUGAUUGCGAAUGGAUAUGGCACUGCCAUCGGCUUAACCCGGUACAAUACUUAAAGGACUGCAAGAGAUUGUAUGGCAGAAUACUCGACAAUAGCAAUGUUCAGUCUUCGAUUAGAGCAGAAUCCAAGCACCAGUCUGAGAAGGUUUGGGCUGAGCAAUAUCCUAAGGAGCCCUUUGAGCUGGAGUACACAAGCUCUUCUGACAACUCAAUUUAUGCAAAUGCUGGAGCUGCAGAGGACAUUUCUUAUGAUUUGGUCGCAGCUGUUAAGAGACAGUCUUCUUUCUUCUACCAGGUUGACACACCAACUAUGCAUGAUCAGCGAUUUCUGGAAGAAGCUUUAGCUCGGUACAAAGGAUUCUUGUACCUGAUCAAGACGAAUCAGGAGAACAAAAUGAAGCUCUUUCGCGUGCCAACCUAUGAUGUGGAUGUCAUCUGGCACACUCACCAACUGCAUCCUGCUACCUACUGCCAUGAUAUGCUGAAGCUCAUUGGACGAGUUCUGGAGCAUGAUGACACCGAUGACGAUCGAUCAGAAGGAAAGAAGCUCGAUACUGGAUUUUCAGGGACUACCAAACAGUUUGAGAAUGCCUUUGGUGCAAGAUACUGGAAGGCUGGUGCUAUGUACCGUGGCAACUUGCCGUCUCCUGUGACAUCCAAUCCUCAGAUGUUUAUUAGUGAGGUGGAUGGUGAAUUUAGUGUUGGCAAAGCUGAGUCGCAAAUUACCAUUCUUGAAACAACAGUUAUAGAGUUAUUCUUGCAAAUUGUGGACAUCAAGAACUUGCCACCUGCAAUUCCAAAGGAAAAUGUGUACAUAUGGUUCACAAAGAAUCAACCAGACAUGUUCAUCAGUGAUGGUGGCAGGCUGGAUAUCUCUACAAAAACAGGGAAGUCGAUUGGAGCCAGUAUCCAAUGUGAGCCUACUGGUGAACUCAUUCUAACAGUACUGGUUGAUCGGGAAUCAUCAUCGAAGAAACCCAAAAAGAUUGGGAAGAUUUCUAUCCCUCUUCAAGAGUUUACAUGGUCUGAUUCCAAGCUCUCCUUUGAGAGGUGGUUUGAAUUGAAACCUCAUGAUGGGCAUGCCAGUUCACCUAUCGUCAGCCUUCGAGUUGCUGCCUCUUCCACUGUCCCAGUGAAGGCUCAGCAGGUUCUUAGCAUGAUCAGGACAGAACCUUUCUCUCUUAAGAGUUUUCUGUCACCGAAUUCCAUCAAGGAUCAAAAGAUGAGCUGCUGGACUCACUUUGUGUAUGAUUGCAAUACUGAACUUAUCCGUCUUCAAAUUAGGGAUCAGAAGGCAAAGAACGGCAUGGUUGUCGCUCGGGAGUUGGUCGGAGUAACAAAGUCAUCAAAGAAACCAUUUAAGCUAGCAGAGUUCGUGGACAACAAGUGGUCACUGAGCAACUCUAACUUAUGCAUCACUAAUGACAUGAAACCAAGCAAGGAUGGCUCUAUACUUGAGCUCAAAUGUGACAACAAAACGAUCAAACUCUACCAGGGAAAGAGGCUAGAAUUUCAACGGAAGUGCUGCAACAAUCACGCAGAGGAGAAUGCUUCAGCUAUUACUGCUGUGAAGUUCUCUGCUGAACAUCCAUAUGGCAAAGCAGUUGCAUUGCUUGACACCAAAUCUGAGCUGAUAAUGGUAAAUGAGGAUUGGUUUCUGCUUCCUUGGAUCGUGAUGUCGUUCCUGUUCCAAGACAUCAAUGUCGAAGACGGCUCGAAGCUCAUCGGUGGCGCCAUUGCUCAGAAAGGCGCGAUCUCUGAGCCCGACACUGCUGCCAUGGCGAUGUCAGCCGAGACGGUGGCUGCUCCUGCUAACUGCGGCACUUGCGGCACGGCGUGCGACAGUAACAUGGCAGGCGACAAGGUGGUGGCCGCCGCGAGAUGCAAGGCCGCGCGAUGCAAGGCUGUCGCGGCAAGCGGCGGCGGCGGCGGCCAGGCAGAGUCGGCUGGGUGCGGCUCGGGAUGCGGCGGCGGCUGUGGCGGCGGUGUUGCCAAGGUCGUUGAGGCCACCAAGGCUGGCGUCGGCGGCCAUGGCAAGUCCGGUGGAUGUGGCUCGGGCUGCGGUGGUGGCUGUGGCGGCGGCGGGUGCGGCGCCAUGGCCGUCGAGAGCUCCAAGGAUGAUGUCCAUGCGAAGUGUGCAGGUUGUGGCUCAGGCUGCGGCGGCGGCUGUGGCGGCGGCUGUGGCGGUGGCAUGGUCAUGGAAGCCUCCAAGGCUGGCCAUGUCAAGUCCGGCGGGUGCGGCUCAGGCUGCGGCGGCGGCUGUGGUGGAGGCUGCGGUGGCGGCGUGGCCAUGGAAAGCUCCAAGGCUGGCCAUGUCAAGUCCGGCGGAUGCGGCUCAGGCUGCGGCGGCGGCUGUGGUGGCGGUUGUGGCGGCGGCAUGGUCAUGGAAAGCUCCAAGGCUGUCCAUGUCAAGUCCGGCGGCUGCGGCGGAGGCUGUGGUGGCGGCGUGGCCAUGGAAAGCUCCACCGUUGGACAUGCCAAGUCCGGUGGCUGCGGUUCAGGCUGUGGCGGCGGCUGCGGUGGCGGCGGUUGCGGCGCGAUGCUCAACGCGAGCACCUGAGCGGCGCAGGCGGUUGCGCCGGCGGCCGCCGGCGAUGGCGCGGCGCGCCAUUCUGAACCAGCAGGUGAAGUGUGUCGUCAAUUAAAUUCUCUGCAAAUAAAAUUCCGUUUGAAAAAAAGUGAAAAAGGAAAAAAAAAACUUAGUGCUGUUGGUCAUAUGCUGCUAUCUGUAAAUAGUACAUAAUAAAUUGUAAUGUGGUGUGAUAAUAAGAUAAAUGAAAAAAAAAAGAGGAGUGUAUCUUCCCUCCAAAUCAGAAACAUGAGAUGUGGGUUAAAUUUGGAUUAUAAGGUGUUGGCUGUUCAGAACGUAAGUUUCAUCACUGUAUUCAGCUGCAAACAUAAGAUGAAAGCUACUUUUUUUUUU